CUCCCCUCUCUGUCUGUAUCUCUGCCUGCCUCCAUUGAAGAAGAGGAAGAAGAAAAGAAGGAAAAUAAAGAUGGAUCAUGCGGCGGAUGCACUGCGGACGGACUUGAUGACGAUAACGAGGUACGUGCUGAACGAGCAGUCGAAGCACCCGGAAUCUCGCGGCGACUUCACCAUCCUCCUCAGUCACAUUGUUCUCGGCUGCAAAUUCGUCUGCUCCUCCGUCAACAAGGCUGGUCUGGCCAAGUUAAUUGGGCUUGCUGGGGAGACCAAUGUUCAGGGCGAAGAGCAGAAGAAACUGGAUGUGCUCUCCAAUGAUGUCUUUGUCAAAGCAUUGGUCAGCAGUGGCCGCACUUGCAUUCUUGUGUCCGAGGAAGAUGAGGAAGCGACCUUUGUCGAGCCAGCGUUGCGUGGCAGGUACUGUGUUGUCUUCGAUCCCUUGGAUGGAUCCUCCAACAUCGACUGUGGUGUCUCCAUUGGAACGAUUUUUGGGGUUUACAUGGUGAAAGAUUUUACUGAGCCCACUCUAGACCAAGCGUUGCAGCCAGGGAAGAACAUGGUUGCUGCUGGUUACUGCAUGUAUGGAAGCUCUUGCACGUUGGUGCUGAGCACAGGGAGUGGAGUGAAUGGGUUCACUCUUGAUCCAUCCCUUGGGGAGUUCAUACUCACCCACCCUGAUAUUAAGAUUCCAAAGAAAGGUAAGAUCUAUUCAGUGAAUGAAGGGAAUGCCAAGAAUUGGGAUGGUCCUACAGCCAAGUAUGUGGAAAACUGCAAGUUCCCUAAAGAAGGUUCCUCACCAAAGUCUCUUCGAUACAUUGGAAGCAUGGUUGCUGAUGUGCACCGCACGUUACUUUAUGGAGGCAUAUUCUUGUACCCAGCCGACAAGAAAAGUCCCAGUGGCAAACUUCGUGUCUUGUACGAAGUCUUCCCAAUGUCAUUCCUGAUGGAGCAAGCUGGAGGUCAGGCUUUCACCGGCAAGGAAAGGGCACUAGACCUACUCCCAAAGAAGAUACACGAGCGAUCUCCCAUUUUCUUGGGGAGCUAUGACGAUGUGGAGGAGAUCAAAGCGCUCUAUGCUGCUGAGGCAAAGAACUAAUGGAUGGAGGAGGGAAUGAUUAUCCAUCUUAAUUAUAUGGUGUUCUGCAGCAUAGCUGUUGUGUCUAAUGGUGGACUUUGCAUAGAAUCUUAAAGAAGUUUCAACAAUUGUCAAUUCUCCAAUACAAUGAUAUACUUGUUUCUGGUCAUGUACGAUACAUAUAUAUACCAAUCCCAUAUUUUGAAUAAGCUACAAAUGUUGGU